AAUGACCUCGGCGACAGCAAGCUCGAAUAUGUUGACGACCUCGAAAAGACCAACACCACCUGGGAUGAUAGACCGACUCUUGAUUCCGAGCUGGACAGACGCAUUACGCGCAAAUUCGACACACAUGGUAGGCAUACUACCCCUCAUCCAUCUGUACAUAUGUUGAACUCUUCUCUGCAGNUGGUUCCUUGGUUGUUCGGCUUGUGGCUAUUAGCCUUCAUCGAUCGCAGUAACAUCGGCAAUGCCAAAAUCGACGGUCUUAUAUCUUCCAAUACAACAAUCGCAACUCAUCCUGACUAUUUGCUGCUAGGCAACACAUUCAAUGUCGCUCUCGCUGUCUUCUAUGUGCCAUACAUCCUGGUCGAUGUCCCCUCGAAUCUCGUGUUGAAGUACUUCCAGGCUGGUUACUACCUACCUGCACUCAUCAUCGGAUGGGGACUGGUCGGAAUGUGCAUGGGCUUCGUCAAGAGCUACACUGGACUCAUCAUCACACGCUUCUUCCUUGGGUUGAUGGAAGGUGGUCUAUUGGGCGGCAUGAUUAUCUACCUAGCGAUGUUCUACAGGCGCCAUCAGCUCAUGUUCAGAAUCGGACUUUUCUACUGCGCUGCGCCCUUGUCAGGUGCGUUUGGUGGUCUCCUGGCCACUGGUCUUGCGAAGAUUCACACCAGCAAUUACAAAGGAUGGCCAUUCAUUUUCUUCGUCGAGGGAGGUAUUACUGUUCUCUUCGGCAUCCUCACCAUAUUCUUCCUGCCGCACACCCCGGCUGAGUCGAAGUUCUUGACUGAAGAAGAGAAAGAGGGUGCUGCUCUGCGUAUGCAUCUGGACUCGCACGGGUCCGACGCUGCCGAUGACGUGAAGAAUGAGAAGUUCAGCUGGCACUGGGUUCGCAUGGCCUUUNUGAACUGGAACACUGUUCUUCUCUCCUUGAACUUUUUCGCUAUCAUCACGCCUAUCUAUUCGUACUCGUUGUUCUUGCCAACAAUUAUUAAGAGCUUGGGAUACAAGGCCGUGCAUGCACAACUUCUCACCGUGCCUCCAAACAUCGGCGCGUUCCUGAGUGUACUUCUGGUCACAUAUCUUUCUGACAAGUACCGCAUGCGUGGACCAUUCAUGCUGAUCGGAUGCACUGUAUCCGUCGGAGGAUACAUCAUGCUCAUCUCCAGCAACCAUCACAUGAUACAGUACGGGGGCACGUUUUUGGUUGCUGCCGGUAUCUUCCCUUGCAGUCCUUUGGUCAUGGGAUGGCUGGCCAACAACCUGGCCCCGCAUUACGUUCGUGCAACAGGAACGGGCGCCCAGAUCAUGAUCGCGAACUGUGCUGCAUUCAUUGCCACGUUCACUUAUCUUUCCAAGGAUGCGUAA